AUGACCACACAUCAGCAUACGAGUCACCUCCACGCCCACGAUGCCCACGGCGAUGGCGACCACGAGAGCAUCCACGACCACUCCGGUGGCGACGAGCAUCGUCGGCCCGGAGGCCACCACGAGGGACGCCCCGGGGGGCACGAUAACGGCCAUGGCCACGAGGACAUGCUGGAAGUUGAGCAGGCCCUGGAACGCAUCCUGGCCAACUUUGCCCCGCUGGACGCCGUGGCGAUGCCAGUGCUGCAGUCGCUGGGUAUGACGCUGGCCGAGGACAUCACCUCGCCGCUGAACCUGCCGCCCCUGGCAAACUCCGCAAUGGAUGGGUACGCGGUGCUGCACGCCGACAUCGCCGCCGCCGGCGACACCCCGCCAACUCUUACCGUAAUUUCGGCGGUAGCCGCCGGCCAGGUAUCCGCCGAUACCGUCACCCAGGGCAAUACCAUACGCAUAAUGACCGGCGCGCCCGUUCCCGCUGGCGCCGAUACCGUGGUGCCCUUCGAGGAAACCGACGAGCUGGAUCGCCGCCGCAACGGCCAGCCGCUGAACGAAAUCGUCAUCCGCAAAACCCUGCCCCUGGGGAGCAACGUGCGCCCGGCCGGCGAGGACGUCUCCGCCGGCGAGCUGGUGCUGUCGGCCGGCACCGUGGUUCGCCCCGCCGAAGCCGGCGUGAUGGCCUCGUUGGGCCUGGCUACCGCGCGGGUGAUUCGCCGCCCGGUGGUGGCGGUGCUGUCUACCGGCGACGAGCUGACGCAGAUUGGCAACGCCCUGCAGCCGGGUCAUAUCUACGACAGCAACAGCAGCAGUCUCGCCGCUGCCGUAAUCGCCUCCGGCGGUACGCCCCGCGUCAUCGGCAUCGCCCGCGACAACCUGGCCGACCUGCACCGCUGCAUCGACGAGGCCGCCGACGCCGACCUGCUGGUCACCUCCGCCGGCGUUUCCAAGGGCGACUACGAUAUGGUCAAGGAUGUGCUGGAGCAACGGGGCGAUAUGAACUUCUGGUCGGUGCGGAUGCGCCCGGCCAAACCCCUGGCGUUCGGUUUGCUGAACCGGGAGGGCAAGCGCCCGCUGCCGCUGUUGGGACUGCCGGGAAAUCCGGUUAGCGCGCUGCUGGCCUUUGAGAUGUUCGGCCGGCCGGCCAUCCGCCGGAUGCUGGGCCGCGACCUGCUGUCCCGCCCGAUUGUAGAAGGUGUGCUCACGGGCCCUAUUUUCAACAGCGACGGUCGCCGGGUGUACGCCAGGGUGGAGGUCGAACGGCGCGACGGCGGCUGGUUUGCCACCCCCACUGGGCCGCAGGGGUCCAACAUCCUGACCUCGCUCUCACGCGCCAAUGGGCUGGCCAUCUGCCCGGCCGACCUGCCCAGGAAAAACGCCGGACAAGCCGUUAAAAUCAUUAUGCUGGACUGGAACGAAGAGGUUGAGCUAUGA